CUUUUCGUUGGCUUCCGGCAUUGAGAUGCCAGAUGUGAAUGCGCGCUUCCACGAGCACCGUUAAAUCGUGCUUUGUCAUGAAAUUCGAAAUGUUUCGUGAAACGAUGUCAGAAGUUUCGUACGCACGGUGAACGAAUCGGAGAUAGCGUGUGUCGCAUGUGUUUGGCAGUGUUCCGGAAAGGAGUGUGUCCACUGUCCCCGACGAGCAGGAUUGAUUUGCAAUUCGCCAGGAACGCGAAUCAGGACGUGCACCGGCGCGACGGUACACUCGGAGUGUGUUGACAUGCCGCUUCUUCGCAAACAGCCGUUCCAACGUCUUCACGUCUCGUCGGAUUUCAAAGACGAUGACGAGGUUUUCCAUUGCGAGGUUACUAACGAAAUCUUCAAGGACUACAAUGAAUUCUGCGAAAGAAUUAUUUUAUGCAAUUCACUCAUAUGGUCAUGCAGCAUAACUGGCAGAACUAACAUGACUUUUGAGGAGGCUUUACAAUGCGAAGAAAAUGCUAAGAGAAGCCUUAAAGAAUUUCCCAUGGAGCUGCGUAUACCUAUAUUGUACCUUGCCAGUAAAACGAACAGGUCGUCCUUUAAAGAAAUGAUAGAGGAUGUGUAUCAGUUUGCGAGAGAUCGUUAUUUUGUUGGUGAAAUGGUAGAAGCAAGUUUCACAGAGGAUUCUUGGUGUGAUUGCCAUGUUCUGCAAGUUAUUGCACCUUCGGAGCAGCAAAUUAAAUUGUACAAUAAAGAGAACAGCAGAACUCCACAAGAACAGCAGUAUCAUCCGCCAGCGAAAUUAUUUCGUUAUGAAGUGGAACAGUUAGACUCGGGGGAUUCCGAUGUUACUCAACUUAUGAUAGUAGAAGCGGCACAAGUGAGAAGAAGGAAACAGCAUUACAGCAAAGAGCGUAAUAAAAUUUUUCUACGUCAGUUAUGUGAACAGAAUGAAAGUGGAAUAUGGGUUAUUAAAGAUAGCGUUUUACAAAAAUAUGGUAUUAAUAAAGUACGUUUUGAUACUAUAUUCGCUGGUCCACCUCCGGAUUUUACAUCACGCAUUAAAAAGCCUGUUAAACACAAACAAGAAUCAAUAGAUAAAUUUCUUACUACAAAUGUAUCGAAACAGAAGUUAGUGGAGAAGCCUGAUCCAUUGAAAAAAGUAAAUCAAGAAGGUGUGGAUAUAAAAAAGUUUCGAAAACCAAGAACAAAUGGAAAAUUUAAAGAACAGCUUAAAGCAAAGGCUCUUGAAGAAAAAGCGAAACGCAAGGAAGAAAGAGUAUUGAAAAAUGAGCGUAAAAAGGAAGAGAAACAAAAAUCAGCAGCUUUAGCUGCAUAUAUAAGACAAUGGAAUAAACCAAGGGAGGAUCUUGAAUGUGAAGAUCUUUCUCCUAUUCCACAAGCUACGCCGUUCAAAAGUAGCAUACCCAAUGAAAAAUUCGGCGAUAGUGUAAUGAUUCUCGAAUUUUUAGAAUUUUUUAACGAAGAACUGGAAGUUAGUGCAUAUUUUCCAAAUGGUUUCACUUUAGAUCUGUUGGAAAAAGCAUUGUUAGUGAAAGAAACAUCUGGACCCUGGAGUGAUCUUCUACAGUUGCUAUUAGGAAACAUUUUUAAAUACCAAACAGAUGAAGAAGACGAGAUUCAUGCUCAGGCAUCUGAUAUAACGAACGAUGUUAGCAUGAAUGAAGGAGUAUUAUCAAUGACAAAAGCUGUAAAACUUUCUACUAUGGUAUCUAGUUGGAGUCAGAUACACCAAGGUUGCAAAUUAUCUGAAUUGACAUUAGAUCAUGUAACUUUAAGCGAAAUUUUAAGACAACACUUGCUAUGCUCCGGAGGACGAAUUGGAGACGUUGCUACAAAGUGGAGAUAUUCGCAAAGAGGUGGUUAUACAAACCAAGAUGAUCCCGCACUGUUAAUGAGAAUAAAUGAGGCAUAUAUCUUGAGAUUGCUAGGUCAUCGUAGUGUUCACGAAUUUGAGCUAGAUGAGAAGUUAAAAGUGGCUACGUGCUUGAUAAACCAGUUGCUUACUUUCGCUUCAAUACGAGACGUGAUAGAAGAACGACGUGAAAAACUUCACCAAGCAAAGAAAGAAUUGAGAUCUUUCUUAAUAGCUGAACAACGAAAAGAAAAAGAAGAAAAAGAAAAAAUGAGAGAACGGGAAAAAGAUGGCGAAAGUAAAGCACCAAAGAAGAUUACACGCGGUAAUUGUGAAGAAGGAAAAAAGAAAGAAGAAUAUGAAAAUAAAUUAAAAGAACUUCAGGAAGCAUCCCGAGAUGACAAAAUGAUGGUUUAUUUAGGUUCAGAUAGGGCUCAUCGUAGAUAUUGGAGAUUUUUAUCAAUACCAGGAAUAUUUGUGGAGAAUGAUGAGUGGUGGUCUGGUAAUUGCCUUCCUGAUGGUACACCUUAUCAACCAGAAUUAUUAGAUACAGAAGCUAUGCAUGCAUACUUAAAAAAUAAAUUUGAAGAUGAGUUUAGCGAUAAAGAGAAUAGUUUCAAGAAAGCAAAGAAGUCUCCUAAGAAAGUUUCGUUCUCUGACAAAAAUGUCCUUAAAUCUCCGAGGAAAGAUAUAUCCCGAAAAGAAUUUAAACAAGAAUUAUUUGAGAUUAGAAAAAAUUUAAUGGCUUGUACAGGGAAUAAAGAAUGCCCUGUGCAUUGUAAGAGACCAGAAUUGAAAUGGAGUUUCUAUGGGAAGCAAGAAGACAUAGAAAUUUUAAUAAAUGGUUUAAAUAAGCGAGGAAUUAGAGAAGGUGAACUCAGAAAUAAUAUUAUACAAGAAAUGACAAGCAUAAUGUCUGUGAUUGAGGAAUGUCCUAGGCAUAAACUUAAUCCUGAAGUCUUUUCAGAACCUAUCAAAGUGCAUCCUAACAAAAUUUCAAAGAAGAACAGAUAUGAAAGUGCCAACUUAAAUUUCCCUUCAGAAGUGUCAAUCGAUAUGGUUUUAGAAUUAACUCUAAGAGAUUAUAUCUUAGACUUUGAAGAUAGAGUGAAAGGAGGAGGUCUUGGAAGUUUGAAAGUUAACGAUCGUGAAAUCUGGAGGGACGCAAUAAACAAAAAGAAAUAUGAUAAACAAUGCGAUAAAUUAACGUAUGGUACAAAUGAAGUUGAACCAGAUAUUCUUUCUGAUGCGUCGUUAGAUAAAGUUAAGAAUGAAAUUAAACACAGUAGACCUGGAACUCCAGAUUCAGAAGUUGGAAGUAUUAAUAUAAAAACCUACAAAGACUCGGGAAAAUAUUUAGGUCCACUAAGUGAAAAUGAAAUAGUUCCGGAUUUAAAACAACAGUUAACUAUUAAGCAAAUGGCUUGCGCUAUUUUACAGUUGUCCCAGGCUAUUGAGCAAAAGUACUUACAGAAACCGUUAGGUGGUGAGAAAGAUAAAAAGUCCGGCGAAGAUACUAGGGAGAAAUGGGAACAAUCGCUUAUGGCAUCGACAAGCUGGUCACAAUUGUUUCUACACUUGAAUACUCUAGAAAAUAGUGUUGCAUGGAGUAGAAGUGCAUUAAAUGCUCAGUGUCGGGUAUGCAGACGGCGACGAGACGGCGAUAAAAUGUUACUGUGUGACGGAUGCAACAAAGGCCACCAUUUAUAUUGUUUACAACCAAAACUAAAUAGUGUGCCGGAUGGAGAUUGGUAUUGCAAGAUAUGUAAGCCAUCGACAAAACCAAAAGAAAAAAUUAAGAAGAGAACAAAAUUUGAGGAUGAAUUGGAAGAAGAUGUAAUAUUAACCAAAGAAACUCGACAUAUUCGUACAAAACGUGUUCUUGAAAGCGAGGAAGAAGGAGAGUCAGAUGAUAAAGAUUUAGAAGACGAUAGUGAUGAUGAUAUAAGUAAUCAACAAAUAAAUGUUUGCUCUGUGUGCAAAAACAGUGGAAAAUUAAUCAGUUGCGAUAUUUGUUCAAGCUUUUAUCAUGUAGAAUGUUUAGAACCUCCUAUGACUAGACCACCUCGAGGAAGAUGGAUUUGUUCAGAAUGCAAGGAUAGGAAAGACAGACGAACAAAUAUGAAAUACGUGAGGGGGCGUGAAAGGGAAAGGGACAAGGAGAGACUGUGCGCUGCAGCAGCACGCUCUCGCAUCCAUGGCUUUGCCAAGAGCCUCCUCACUACAGAAUCUACAGACUGGGACGACAGCAGUACGUCAGAAGAUACUGAACCAAGACAAACUAGGAGAGCAGCUAAGAGAGCUGCUGAAAUUGAACAAGAAGAAGAUAAGGGAACAAUCAAAGGGUGUAUGGGAAGAUUGCAGGAAUUGCUUUCAGAUAUUAGACAUCACAGAGAUUCGUGGCCUUUUCUAUCACCUGUUACAAAAGACGAAGUGCCAGAUUAUCAUGAUAUUAUUUCCAAUCCUAUGGAUUUUGGUACAAUUAAAUAUAAACUUAAUAAUAGCGAAUACGAAACGUUGGAACAUUUCUUCAGCGAUUGUCAUUUAGUAUUUAAAAAUUGUCAAGCUUAUAAUGAAGAACACAGUUCUGUCUACAAAGCAGGUAUCAGAUUGUUGAAGUACUACGAGAAACGAUGCAAAGAAUUAGGAUUGACGACAUAUGAAGAAUUACUACGAUCUUCGGAUGCAAAGAAGUCGAAACUCGAAGAAAAUGGUCUUUCAAUUAGCGAAGAUGAAGACACAGAAAAUAUUCAAAAAUCAAGAUAGAGAUAAAAUACUUUCUUUAAGCUGUUAUAUUUAUUGAUAUCAAUUUUUACUCCUAAUACGUAAAUUAAAUGUACCUUGAUACUAAAUUUGUACACAGAUGUUGAUACUAAAUUUGUGUACAGAUUCAUGAUUCAACAAAAGAAAUUCUGUAAAGUAUAUAUUAUUAAAAAAGAAAAAGAGAGACUCCGUUUACUAAAUAUUAGAAAAUAUUGCAUAGAAUUUUAUGAAGUUCAUCUAUUGAAAGAAAUGAUGAAACGCAAGCUUAAAAGUGUUUAAAAUAUUUUCUUUCUAAUUGUCAAAUAUCCCCUUUUCUUAGGCUUGCUAUAUUGAAAAAAAAAACAGUAUUAUUUGUAGAAUUUUAUGCAUUCUUACUCUUGCAUAUCGUUUGUAGGAAUUUACUGUUUAAUGUGUAAAUUUUAUAAGUGAACAAGCACGUGAACAAUUUUCAUAUGCUUGAGCUAGUAGUCUUUUGAAUUAGUAUUAUCAUAAAUGAACUUUUUGUUAUCAGGCAAGUUUUUACUAUAUUAAUAAUUAUUUAUUAUUUUAAUAUUAUUCAUUCAAUUACAUUUCGUAUAUGAUAAGCAAAUUUUGAGAAUUACUUAAAUACAUCCUAAACUUUGAAAAACUUUGCUUUGACAAAUUUAUGUAAAAUGUUACACACUACCUGCCUUUUAUAAUGUCAGUGCGAAGUAGAUUACGCAUAACAUGACUGAUGAUUUAAGAAUUAAUAUAUACAUAAUAGAAAUCAAGAAUUUUUCUAUUAUAAAAACGAAAAAAAGUAAUCAUGCAUUGAUAUAAAUACAGUUGCUAUAUCUUUACUUAUAAAGAUUUUACUGGGAUUUAAAUGUAUUAUUAUGUAAUGUAUAGAAUUCUUGGAACUUAAAAAUUUUAUUAUUUAAAUAUUUUUGUUUUAGGUCUUGUCAAAUUGUUAACAUAUUUAUAGUACUUAUUUUCUUUUUUGCUUUCUUUUUUUUAAAGAAUUAGUCUAUUUUUGAGAAGUUAUAAAUUAUAGGCAUGCCUCACGUAAAAUUUACGGUACAAAUUAUUAUUAAUCUCCACAUUGUACAGUAGAAGCAGUUCUUUGUAAUCAUAUAUGUUUUAUACAAUUAAUUUGGUAAUAAACUUUUGAAAUAGAUUUACAUAGACAAUUUGAAACUAUACACAUACAUAUACAUAUAUAUAUAUUUCUUUUUCGAAUAGACUACAAUAUUUUUAAACACAAUUUAAUGAUGCAUUUCUCCAGAGAAUUGUUUUUCGUGAAUUUUUCUCCACUUUUCCACAUUUGCUGGAUUAAAACCUGCUUUUUGGAUUUUAUAGUAAAUAGGUAAACAAAUUAAUAUGCCAAGUGUCCAAUAUCGUAAUAACCAACCAUGCUUGGAUACAAAGAAAUAAUGAUGAAAUGGAAAUCGUCUAAAUUUUGCAGCCAGAGAAUAUGGGUACUUCAUUUGUUCUCCAGCCAUGGCUUUUGUCGAUUUAAGACACGAUCUUAAUUGAUUGACAAAACGAUUCUAUUAUUAUUGCCAACGGCCGUGGAAUAAUGUUACAUAACUAGGUCCUAGUAAAAUAUCGAAUAAAAUAUAUCGAUAAACAUCGAGUCGCUUACAUCGCAGUCCAAGAUUUCAAAUUUUAUUGGUUCCAAUCGGACCAAUCAAAUCUCAAGAGAAAGAAAAAAGAACCGAAGAAAUCCGUUGAAAUGUUGGAAACUCUGCAAAAAUUUUGAAAAGUGACAUUUCAAUGACGAGGAAUAAAUGAAAGUCAAUUACCGACGACCGAAAAUAUUAAAAACGAUCGAUGAUAUCUGUGAUGAAAAUCAAAUACGAGUCUACGUAAAUGAAACUCGUAUAUCUUGUUAAUCAAGAUACAUUUCAUAUUCUAUAAAUCUGCUUUAUGACGGUGUGACAUGCGAUCAUAAAGGAAAGUAAACUUUUAACACAGACUUAUCGAGUUAAUCCUUGGAAUAAAAUACGAGAAGUAUACCGAUAUUUCAAGGUAGCUACGUG